AGUGAGUGCGAGUCAACUCGGAAUCAUUGAGGCCAAAUUGUUGAAAAACUUGGUGCCAAAGAGAGAAGGCAAUAACUCAUCGUAUCGGUCUCAAAGACGCACCAGGGGAGUCACUAAGUGAUCAUAAUUCAAUCUUCAGCGUCACUUGCCCAGGAAAAACUCUAGACGCCAAAGUGGGAAACUGAACAAUCAUAUCAUGAAAACAGGAACAUUACUUCUCAUGGUGGUUUUGCUGAUCCUAGCAUGCUCCGUUUUCUCCUCCGACACGAGGGUGACCUCGAGGAAGCCCAAAUGCCGCGAAGACGAGAGAUCCGCCUUGCUGGAGUUCAAGAGGGCCUUCUUUCGCAAGAGCAUGUGCGCGUCCUAUGACGGGCAACUGGAAUCGUGGAGGGUGGCAGAGGGAGAGGCCGGGGACUGCUGUGCUUGGGACGGCGUCGAGUGCAACGAGGAGACAGGUCGUGUGGUUAGCCUCGACCUCGAGAAUAGCUGCCUCCAUGGCCCGAUCGGUUCCAAUGCCAGCCUCUUCCGUCUUGUAAGAUUGCAGAGGCUCAACCUUGCAGCCAAUGACUUCAAAUUGUCCCAAAUACCGUCCGCGAUAGGCAAUCUGCGGGAGCUAACGAGAUUAGUCCUUUUCGAUUCCUCGUUUCGUGGACAGAUCCCGCAGGAAGUCCUGAACUUGACCAACUUGUCCUUCCUUGAUCUUUCUUAUAAUGCACUGGAGCUCAAGAGUCCUAGUAUAGAGAACCUAGUCCAGAGUCUAACCAAAAUGGAGGGACUCAACCUCUCUCAAGUGCUCAUGUCGGGUCCGCUUCCUGAAGUGCUCGCAGAUUUGUCCAAUCUGACAUCCCUAGUGCUUGCGAACUGCAGUUUGCAAGGUGAGCUCCCUAUGGCCACCUUCGAGCUGCCGAGGCUCAAAACUCUCGACGUGAGCGUCAACAAGAAUCUCUCCGUUCGUAUGCCAGAGUUUCAUUGGAGAAGCCCUCUAAAGUCAUUGUUGCUUGCCUGGACUAGGUGUUCUAGUCAGCUUCCAGGUUCCCUUGGCAAUCUAAAUUCUCUAAUUGAGCUGAAUAUCGCAAGCUGUGAGUUAUCAGGGGUCAUUCCAUCUUCGGUGGGGGAGUUGGCUCAACUUUAUACGUUGGACUUGAGCGGGAACCAGUUGACUGGCGAAAUCCCGCCUUCUCUCGGGAAGCUCGUCGGACUUACCUAUCUCGAUCUUAGCUCCAAUCAACUCUCUGGGGAAAUCCCGUCUUCUUUGAUGAAUCUCACCGAGGUCACUCUUUUCGAUCUUAGCUACAAUCGAUUGACAGGGCAAAUCCCAUCCCAGAUCUCAGGCCUCACCAGUGUGCUUAUGCUUGAUCUCUCCUAUAACAGACUGGAGGGCCUGAUGCCGAGGACAAUUUCUGAGCUCAAGAAUCUGAAUAAGUUCACCGUGGUUUCGAACAACUUGAACGGCACCGCACAAUUCGACAUGCUGAUGAAGCAUCAAAGCCUCCAGGCACUGUACUUGUCGUUCAACAAUUUCUCUCUGGUCACCCAGGACCUGAAUGUUAGCCUUUCGAAGAUAGUUGUUCUCGGGUUGGCUUCUUGCAGCUUGACGGAGUUCCCCAAGUUCCUGACGAAGCUCGAUACAUUGGAAUGGAUCGACCUGUCAUACAACGGAAUUUCUGGGCAAGUACCUCAGUGGCUGCUAAAUGUAAGUACGGAAAACUUGGCACACCUGAAUCUUUCUAAGAACUCCCUGACGGGAUUUCCAUCGUACCCGGUCAAAUUCAAAUGGGCCAAUCUCCAGACUUUGGACCUCCGAUACAACGGAAUGGAAGGACCGCUUCCACUUCCACCGAGAGCCAUCUUGUUCUAUCUCGCCUCGAAUAACAAACUGACAGGACAGAUACCGCAGGCGAUGUGCCAGCUGAGUUCGAUUCAAAUACUCGAUUUGGCCAACAACGAGCUCUUGGGAGUCCUCCCUUCUUGUCUGAGCAAUUUGAGCAGCACCCUUUUGACGUUGAGCUUGCACGGUAACAGGUUUCAUGGAAGAAUCCCUCGGCUGCAGAGGGGCGUGCGAAUUGAAAAUGAUUGAUCUGAGCGACAA